ACAGUCGCCUUUCAACUACCGAGUGACAAAUAAAAUUUAUGCAAUCAGUGUGUGUGCGGUCGUGAUUGAGGCAAAUUAUUUUAUUUUCAAUAUAAAAACAAAUUAAAAUUUCCUGUCCGUUUGUUUCAAUGUAAAAAAAAUUGGUAACAUUUUCCAAUUGUGUGUUCUAACGGCUGGUGUUGUGGAAAUAACUUUUCUUUGGACAAUGUUGAUUUGACAUUGUAAUAUUAAGUGUUACAUAAACAGUAGAAGGAAAAACAUACGGUGUUGGUAGCUAGAAUUUGGUGAUAGUUUUUAUUUUGACUUUUUGUUCCGAAUUUUUCUUAACCGGAGGACUUACGGCAGUCGGACACUGGUACAAAGAAACUUUAGGUGCAUACACUGUGCUUGUGAAAAGUAAUUGGGACUACUAUUUAGACGACACUGAGUCUAUUGUUUCACACCUCAGUCGAUUGAUAUAAAUUACAAUGGAGCAUAGAAACCGUAUAACUCUUACAGUAGUCUCUGUUCUGUGUAUAACUGGAUCAUUAGCAGCAGAACAUGUAUCAAUUUUCUCGACCAUAUUUGCUUCAACGGAGAAACAGUCAACACCCUCAACCACUACCACAACAACGACAGCAGCGACGUAUCCAUCAUCGUCAUCCGCAUUAUCCUCAUCAAUUACAUCAUCAACAACAGUGCAGCAGUCGACAACUCAACAUCAAAAUACCACCACACUACCUGGCACAACAUUAGAUUCACUUGCAAUAAGUCUAUCUCCAUCACAACCAUCGACGGUGUCCAUUUCAACUGCACCUCAGUCGGAUAUUGUAGAAGCGCCAUCCGAAACAACUCUAAUUGAGCACGAAAUUAUUGGAUCGGCAGGCCCAGACAAAAAAGAAAGCGAAGGCAUACAGAGAGCAUUAGACUGGUUAAAAGAAAAACGUUCGUCGGACUAUGGUUGGGAAAAUGAUACCCACAUGGUAAUAUUGGCUAAAGAGCUAUCUGGCGUAUGGGAUUCUCCUGACGCCGACGGGCAUCUGCAAGUAAUUCAAGGUCUUGAAGACUUGCUAUCAGUAAAACAGAUGGAAAUUGAGAUUCUUUCCUUGUUGGAUCGACACCAUACGCUACCGAAACCAAUCAAUCCUGAUAAACUUGCUCGAUAUGUGUUAGCCUUGGGUUCGUUGUGCAAAGAUCCGAAGCGAUUCAAUGGUCAUGAUAUGGUGGCAUUGUUGCAACAUCAUGAACCCGUUCAGGUAUACAACAAAUCUGAACCAAACCAAUCGACACAGAUAAGAAAUCCAAGUUCGGAAUUGCAGGAUCAAGAAUUUGCAUUAACUACUCUGGCGGCUUGUAGUUCUGCGGCACAUGUUCGGAAACGACAGAUCCGCAGAUUGCUAGACAUUGCGAGCGGCGUAACGGAUCAAAGUGUUGACACUAUAGCAAUGGUCAUACUGGCACUAAGGUGCAUAGUAACCGAUCACCGUCAUCGUCAUUUACAACAUUUUGUUCGUCGGCCUGCUAGAGGUUUAGCUGGCCUUCAAGGUCCACGCGGUAGCUUCGGAUCGUUACGUAGUACGGCAUUAGCAAUGCAGGCUCUACAAGAUUUAGAAUCCGAUCCCGCUGGUCCGUGGAAUCGAUCUGCUGCAUCGAAGUGGAUUCUAGCACGACAACGACCGGAUGGAGGAUGGACUGAGGAGCCAUUGAAAGAUGGCCAGGAUGCGAGCAUUGGAAUCGGGUUAACGGCUGAUAUAAUUUUAGCUCUUGGAUGGAAAGGUUUGGGUGCUGUCAGAGCGCUGCAAUGUGACCAUGUGAUCCGAGAAACUAAUGACAAUCCAUCGGAAAAUGGUGAACCGAAACUGGCUGCUCCCGUUGGACUUGCAUCAUCAGCUGAAGAAUCUGAAGGCCGUAACAUAUCUUACACAUACACUCUAUGGGUGGGAACAAAUGUGACCGAAGCAUACUCACUAUCGUUAAUAUCACCCAAAAAUACGAGCUUCUUCCGAGCUAUGACUCAAGCAGCUGACAUAGACCCGCGAUUCGGCUUUGAGGCUCGAGAAUGGCCGAAUGGACAUUAUGUGCAUACGUUGGCUGGCAAAAAGGAAGAACCUAGAGGAUACAACUAUUGGCUGCUGUAUCGUUUGCCCGAACUUCCCGAUCCGAGUAAUCCACCAGGAAAUCAAUUGAUCGCACCGGUCGGCGUUGACGAAUUGAUGGUGGAAGACGGUGAACACUAUCUGUAUUGGUAUAAGAAGCUGUAAAUUAGCCCAACACCAAAAAUGAUAUUCACAAUGAAGUGAAGACCAAGUUUAUAUUAUUAUUAUGAUGGGGGAGCGCACUAAGUAAAAUUUGAGAAAAUUCCUUUUUUUUAAAGACCCGAAUCACAUUACAUGAAACCAAAUGUGACAAAACAUUUCAAGAUGACGGAAAUUGUACAAAAAAAAGUUUUAAUUCAGGAAAAAAUGUAGAUU